AUGUUACAAUGGGUUUUAUUUAUAAGUAUUAUAAUUGAUGUUUUAUUGUGUUGGGUAUCUUAUUUUAAAAAAGUUGAUUCAUUAAGAGUAAUUACUAAACCAACGUUUUGUUUAUUAUUAUUAAUAUUUGUUAUGACAUCAAUUGAUUUAAAUACUCAUGUGACAUUGUUUUGUAUAGGUCUUUUCUUCUCAUUUUUAGGAGAUUUAUUAUUAUUAAUGGAUGGUCUUCAAUGGUUUGCUUGUGGUUUAGUAUCAUUUUUAAUGUGUCAUAUUUGUAAUAUUAUUUGUUAUUCAUUAACACUAUACCCUGGAAUCACUCUCCCUUCUUUCCUUAUUUUAUUAAUCGGUUGUAUUUCUUCAAUUCCUUUAAUGCAAGGUGCAAAAACUAAAACUCAAAAAUUAUUUACUCUUCCUGUCCAUGUUUAUUCUUGUGGUUUAACUGGUGGUUCUUUUUGUGCUUUUGCUACUUUAGGUUCAAUUACUGGACAAAACUGGAAUUUAUUAUCUGCUUGGAUGACUGCAAUUGGAUAUCUCUUUUUUGAUAUUAGUGAUGCAUUUUUAGCUUAUCACACUUUUGUUCACAAGACUUUAUUUAGUACCAUGGCAAUUAUUACUACUUAUCACAUUGCUCAAUUACUUUUGAUGGGUGGUUUAGUUUAUAAUGAACUGGGAAAUGAUGUUAUUUCUUCAUUAAUUUAA